GCAGAACUUAUGCGUCAGAGAGGAAAGUCAGGAACCACAACUUCGCGAACUUAACAGCAGGUAUUGAGCCUUGUGCUGGACAUGGGGGACAUGAAGACCCCCGACUUUGAUGAUUUGCUGGCAGCUUUUGACAUCCCUGACAUUGAUGCUAAAGAGGCCAUCCAGUCAAGUCCAGAGGAGGAACGAGAUGAGGUGGUGACUAAUACAGAGGAAAGGGAGACGAGGUCCCCACCGUGCUUUCCUCUGCUCUCCUGCCAAAGUGAGCCGCCUGUGGUCAGCGUUAUUGUGAAGAACAAAGUACGGUCUGAGUCCUGUGAAGAGGAGGAGAGCUCUGUCAGGGAUGAUGACAAAACAGACAGUCAUUCAAACAGUAGUUCAGACUCUGAGAUUCAAGUCAAGUUGAGUGAUGUCACCUCACAGGUGGGUACCAGACCCCUUGCUGAAGCCACCGUGGAGCCCCAGAUUGCCAAUGGCUUCGAGGGAUCUGCCGCCAGUGAUCAGGGACAGUCAGACGCAGAGCCGUGGCCCCGACAUUCACCAUCACUGAGUGAUAACGAAGAAGGAUGUGAUAAAGGAGCUGGAUUAGUGCAGCACACGACUGAUGUCAUGAGCAGUUUGAAGAGCCAUCUAUUUCCUGAGUCUUCGACUGGCACCAGUCCCAAAUCCUCACCUCCUCCCUCCCCGCAUUCUUUGAGCCCUCACCUUCCUCCUCUCGCCCGUCAGACAGAGGAAACAUGUCCGCAUGACAGUUCGCCGCCCUCCCCUUUACCCCAAAAUGGGAAUAUUAAAGUUGGAAUUGAGCGUGGCACACACUCUGAUGAAGAUGACUCAGAACCAGACUUGGGAAGUCCACUGGUGAUCCAGGAGAGCCCAGAAUUUGUAAUGCCCUCACCUCCAAAAUUUAAACACAGAGCAAAACUUCAGUCUGAGCUGCUUGGGUCCUCUGAAACCACUUCAUGUCACCGUUCUCUUCCUCCUCCUCUCUCCUCCUCUCUAGCAUUGGUUAAACCUAAAGUCCAACUUGCACAGGGGGGGCGACCUACCACCCCCACCUCUCCCUCCACAGCUCCUCAGCCACACAGCCCCCAGGACAGCCUUCCACCUGUCAAUCUGGGCUCUGCAUCAGUCCAAGGGGAGAAAUACCCAGAGCAUGUGAUUGAUGAGAGGGACUCGCCAGAGAGCCCGCCACCGAGUGAGACGGGUCUUGUAUUCCAGAGAAGCAGUAGCAGCCCUGAUUCAACCCCAACACCAGGUCUAGCGAAGAACCAUAUGGCCUUCAAUCAUCAAGAGGAGCACAUGGAAACUGAGCCCAGCCAAGAGGACAGGACAGAUGACACUAAGGAGCAGACCGAAAAGUUGGCUGGAGAUGUGGAAAACAACGAGAAAUGUGGUAAUGGCACGUCAUCUGAGGAUCCUGUGUCUGCUAGUUCUUCACAGACAGUUUCAUCUCCGUUGGGCCCCCUCAAAGUUAAAAUCAAAAUGCCUUCAGGGAACUACACAAGGACUGUGACUGGUGUGGGACCUAAAAGAAAUGUAAGAGCCACUUCUAGGGGUUCAAAACCUUCAUCAGAAGGCCAUAACACAAGAUCCAGGAAGGAGGUAUCACAGCAGUCUCUUGCAAUGGCAGUUCUUCAGGAUGCAUGCCCUGCAACCCUAGAAGGUGUCGGUACAGUCAAAGACAAACCCGCCGUGACCAUUAAGCCUAAAGUUUCCCCCACAGCUGUCAACAUCACCAAAACCGCAGCCCUGCCCUCCAUCACUGUCUCAUCUGCCAGAGUCAGCCAAGGCGGGAUCAAUCUGCGGAACAUUGGUCAGAAAGCUUUCAAGAGCGGGGUGACACUGCCUUCACCUGCCGCUCUACUCCCUUCUCAAGGUAGCAGCAGACCUGCCUCCAUUGUCAACAGCACCGGGGCGAUCAUAUCCAAGAGUCAGACCAACCUGGUAGAAGCCUUCAACAAAAUCCUUAACAACAAGAAUCUGCUGCCCAGUUAUAAACCAGAUCUGAGCUCUCCUCCUCCUGCAGAGUGGGGCCUUCCUCUGCCUGCACAGGGUUACCGCUGUUUGGAGUGUGGCGAUGCCUUUGCCCUAGAGCAGAGUUUGGCGCGGCACUAUGAUCGGCGCUCGUUGAGGAUUGAAGUGACUUGUAAUCACUGUGCCAAGCGCUUGGUCUUCUUCAACAAGUGUAGCCUGCUUUUACACGCCAGAGAGCACAAGGAGAGAGGUCUGAUCAUGCAGUGUUCACACCUGGUCAUGAAACCCGUACCUGUGGAGCAGAUGAUUGUCCAUCAGGAGCCAACGCAAAAUGGUGUGCUUUCUCCAGCAUCAUCAUCUUCCUUAUUAGGCCAGGCCACCCCAAUCUCAGUAGCCCAGCCUCAUCAAGCAAUACCUAACAAACCUAAGAAAGCAGACACCGUGCAGUACAUCAGUAAUAAAUGUCCUGAGUGUCAGACUCAGUUCAGCAGUAAAGAAGAGGUGGCCCAGCAUUUCCAAGAAAUCAAAGCAGCACAUACCACUUCGUGCACAGAAUGUUCUCCACCAAUGCUCCUGCCCAACAGCUGCAGUGCAGCAGCUCACCAACGCAUCCACCAAAGCUGCCAACCGCACGUCUGCCCAGAGUGCGGUGGCACGGCCAAGCAGGCGCUCUUUCAAACACAUCUGGAUGAAACUUGUUUGCACUUUGCACGCCGCAUCGGGUACAGAUGUUCCAGUUGCCAGGUGGUGUUUGGAGGGCUGAACUCAGUGAAGUCUCACAUCCAGCAGUCUCAUUGUGAUAUGUUCCACAAGUGCCCCAACUGUCCCAUGGCUUUCAAAUCUGCCCCCAGCAUACAGAACCACAUCACUGCCCAACAUCCAACGCUCACUGAAGGACAGGCCAUGUACUGCAUACACCCAAACACUCACAGAAUUGAAGCUGACAAUAAAAUAAAUGUCUCUCUUACAAUGUUUUUUUUAUCUUACAGCUUGAUCUAUAAAUGUGUCAUGUGCGACACAGUUUUUACACACAAGCCCCUGCUGUACCUCCACUUUGACACUCAUUUAACCAAUCAAAAGGUGCAAGUGUUCAAAUGCCCUGAGUGCACUAAGCUGUUUUCUCAGAGGAAUUCCCUAAUGGACCAUUUCAAGUCCCACAAGACUCCCACAUCCAAACAAGAGUUGCCUUCAACCCCAGCCACUUCCUCUCGUUCACGUCCUUCAGCGAAGUUGGAGAGCUCAGAUGGGGAAGAACUGACUGAUCAAGAUAAAGAGGAGAAAGUGAAGACAGAUAGGAUAAAGACCCCCUCAGGGUGGAAGUGUGUGCCUUGCCACGCUCGCUACACAGACCGGGAAGAAUUCAUUGCCCAUAUGGCAAAACAGCAUAACAAGAUACUGAAGAAGUUUCCUUGCAACAAAUGUGAGAGCUCCUUCACCACCACCUCCAGUAUGAGACGUCACAUCAGAGACAAACACAAAGUCAUGAGUCGUUCCUUCCGCUGCCAGUUCUGUACUGACAGUAAGAAAACAUUCAGCAGCAGAGCGCUCUUGGAGAGGCAUGUUCAGCUCAGACACAGUACAGACACUGUGAAACAGGACACAUUGAUGGGAGGCGGAGAUGAGGCAGAGAGCUCCUCAGAACAGGACAGCAGUUUAGGGACCCGCCGCAGACGGAGAGGAGCUGUGAAGAUGGAGCAGGAUGAAGAAUCCACAGAUGGCGUGAGUCCAGUGAAAAAGCUACGCUCCUCCUCCGCACCUGCACCGUACCCUCUCCCUGAGUCGGGGUUCCGCUGUGCCCCCUGCGGUUUCACCACCGAGGGCCAGGCCAUGUUCCUGGAACACAUCGUCCAGCACCGGCGAGGGGCACCAGAGGCCAGCGACCAGCAGUGUCUGCAGUGUGGCGCCUGCUUCACAUCCAUCUCCUCCCUGUCACGCCAUCGCUUCAUCAUGCACAAAGUGAGAGACACUGACAACCAGCAAGCCAGUGCGAGCCUGGCUGGUUCCCCUCUUAACAGCAAGAACCCUGAUGACAGGAGUUCUCUGGAUGGUUUUGCACCAGCAUCGCCCUCCUCUCAGCUAUCCAUGGCUCAGGGGAAGGAAGAGGAGGCCACACUGGCCUGCAAGGUGUGUGGCAAACAUUUUGAAAAGUCAGCAGAUCUGAAUACACACUUCAGAACUCAUGGUAUGGCUUUUAUCAGUGCAAGGAAUGCAGGAAAAACUACCUAAGAUGCUAGAUGUGAGGGGAGGGGUAGAGUCAGUAGAUGAUGAAAACGUGCCUUAUUUAUCCCUGACUACUGUAGGUCAGCACACUGAUGCACUAAUUUAACCAAAGAUUACUAGAAUCAAAUUUCUAUGUUAAUAGAUUGUAAAACAAUCAAAUCUAAUUCUCACUGGUCGAGACAAGCCUCAACCUUCUACUUGUGACACUCAGGAUCUAAUGCAGCGUUUCUGUGUUCAGUAACGAUACUAAUGAGAUUACAGUUACUUCCCAGGCAGCGGGCAGUUAGUCUGACUAGUUCACCGCUGUGACCACAUUCACACAUUAAUGUGCCAGUAGAGAACUGUGAAUGUUAGUACUGGAUUUUACUGUGAUUAUGACGGUUUUUUCAAUGAAUGUUGAUAGACAGCGAUGGAAUGUGACGGUUUUGAUUUCAAUAUUUCAUCCUACUGAGACUCUUGAAUGCCAACCCAGGAGUUAUUCACUUUGCAAAGUCCUUUUUUAAGUAUAUCUUUAGAGAAUGAUUGCAGGGGAUAGAGUGUCUUAGUUCAGUGGCUAUCAAGUAUGUGUACUUCUAACUUAUUUCCAGCCAUUAUUCAAAAUAUACAAUAACAUUUUAGUUUGAUUUAUAACUUUAAAGGCAGCCAUUGGCAAAUAUACAUUUUAGUGUGUGUGUGUGUGUGUAUAUAUGAACAUUUAUUUACAAAGACUUGAAGUUUGCUUGAGAUAUGUAAGCCGUCAAAGCUGUGCUGAAGUGGGAGGAUGGUAAAGAGGGAAUUUUGUACUAAAAAUAUGUGAUUUGUGUAAGAUACCCACUUAAUUUGUCCAACUCAAACUCCAAACAAGCUUCAGCUGAUCUUCUAAACUAAUGGAGGAUAUUGAUCGUAACAGUACUGUGGGUUUUGUUCCCCCUUCACUAACACUGAAAUCACUGGGAUCUUUUCGCUGCCCAAUAAGAGCAAUCAAUAACUGCUUUUGAGAAAUUGUCUCAGCAAGUUUGAUAUUUCUUCAGGUUUCUAUUCAUACUUGACUGAAAUAAACAGAUAGCUUUCUGAAAAAAAGAAGUCAACCUGAAAAAAUAUAGUGUGUUGUGAUAAAUGGUCAGCAAUGAUCUGAAGUCGACACAAUUUGUAGUUAUCGGGGUAGAACUUUCAAAACCAUUGAAAUGAAGGUUUAACUCUUUUUAAGUGUAAUGUGCUGCAUUUGCAUCAGAAUAACUGAUUAAUUCCUUCUAUGUGAGGAAGUAAAAUAAUGUAUUUUGGGCUUUUGGUAUGGGGACCUAUGUUUGUCUAAAUCCUGUUUCAUGAGAUUACUGUAAACAAAAGAUCAGUAUGUAUUGUAUUUUUCUUUAGUCUUUGGCACUGCUACAUCUUAAAAUUAAGAUUAUUCUGCAUAACUGGAUGUAAUCGGAUGUAUUGUAUUCAGUUUUGAGUGCUGUGUCGUUAUUUGAUUUUUUUUUCUUUUUUUUAUGUCAACUCGCAUCAUUUUCAGCUGUUCAUGGCUGUCUGGUUUUGGGCUGGCUGGAAUAUCUCUGACCGCAGGAUCCAUAGACUGAGCUAAUGUCCACUGUGUUUAAAAAAAAAAGAAGAAGAAAUACAUUUCUUUUUAUGUGCUGUAGUUGUCUAUGACCUGUGUGUGAUUGUGUUUACUUUCUCAGGAUAUUAUCCAAUGCUUUAACACACAUCGCUCUAUUUUUAUGUUUUUGCAUUGACAAGAUCAUUUCUAACCAAACAUUUAUUAAAAAAAGAUUAAUAAAAUCUGGCACAUUAUCAGUUGAAUUGAUGUCUUCUUUAUAACUUGUUUCAUCCUCCAUUUUAACAGUGAUGUGACGUCUAAAUAAGUGAG